CACCCGGGCCAGUUCACAUUAUCAGGAAGCCGCGAGGGCUCGGUUUCAUGGCCGCGGACAGCAGUCAUGAUCGGAACGUUUGUGUCGCUGCUGUUAGCCCUCCACGUGGUUGCCACGGUGGAGGGUGACACCGUCCUCUCCAGACAAAAAAGGCACUGGGUGCCACCACCGAAACCUUUAAAGGAAAAUCACGACUACACCCAGGAAGAGUAUGUGGCCAAAAUCCACUCAGACUACGAUGACGGCAAGGGUAACCUGGCGUACUCCCUGGAGGGCGUGGGGGCCAACCAGUACCCCUUCCACGUCUUUGUGGUGGACCCCAAAACAGGAUUCAUCCGGGUGACCAAAGAACUGGACCGAGAGGAAUUCAGCCUUUACAACCUGUCGGGCGUGGCCACCUACAAGGACGGCAGGCAGGCGGAGAAAAACAUUGACAUCCGUUUCAGGGUGGUGGAUGAGAACGACAACUCUCCCGUCUUCGGCGUCAUCCCGGCCGGCUCGGUGUAUGAGCAAAGCGGCGUAGCGACACCCGUCAUGAAAAUCAUGGCGACGGACGCCGACGAACCGGGAAAUCCUAACUCCCAGAUCAAGUACAGCUUAGUGUCUCAGGAGCCGUCGGACGACAUGUUCUACAUGGAGAACGACGGAACCAUCUACGUCAAACGAAGCAACUUGGACAGAGAGGCAGUUGAACAGUAUAAGCUUACGGUGAAAGGUCAAGACCUCAACGGCGCGCCAGGCGGGAAUAGCGCCACCGCCACGGUAGUCGUGAAACUACAAGAUGUCAAUGACAACCCUCCAACACUGGAAAAAAGCCUGUACGAAGGAAGCGUGGUGGAAAACACGGAAGGCGUGGAGGUGAUGCGGAUCAAAGCUCAAGACCUGGACGUGUACGGAACCGACAACUGGCGGAGCGUCUAUAAAAUCGUCAAAGGCAACGAGGCUAAUUACUUCAGCAUCAAAACCGACCCCAACACUAACGAGGGCAUCCUCAUGCUCGAUAAGGCUGUGGAUUACGAGGACGUGAAGAACAUGGACCUGGGAAUCGCAGUUCUCAACUGGAAUCCGCCUUUUGAUCCGUCCGACCCGUCCACAACUAACAUAAAUCUUAGUGGUGGAGGAGGAGGCGGCGGUGGUGGAGGAGGUGGAGGUGGAGGAGGAGGAGGAGGUGGAGGUGGAGGUGGAGGAGGAGGCGGUGGAGGAGGUGGAGGUGGAGGCGGAGGAGAUGGAGCAGGUGGCUGGUUAAAAGGCUUCAGCAGUGGCAUGACGAGUACAUCUCAAGGAGUCAUGUGGAAAGGCACCACCUACAAAACCUAUCCCAUCAAGAUCAAUGUCAAGAACCAGCGUGAAGGUCCGCAUUUUGACCCCAAGGUCAAAGUCAUCACCAUGUCAGAGGGCGGCAGCUCCACCUUCAAUAUGAACAGCAUUAUCACUCGCUACGCCGCCUUGGAUGGUGACACCGGAAAACCGGCAGAGAACGUCAGGUACAUUGAAGGCUCAGAUCCUGACAACUGGUUCACCAUCGACCCAGAGACGGCCGAUAUCAGACUGAACAAGAUGCCCGACAGGGAGUCCACUUUUUUGGUCAACGGUACCUACUACGCCAAAGUUCUCUGCGUUUCUGAAGAAAACCCUUCUAGCACUGCUACUGGGACCAUCGCUAUUCAAGUCGAAGACUUCAACGACCACUGUCCCACCUUGACCAGUACGGUCAAGACGCUGUGCAUUCCCGAAGACACCGUCAUCGUCAGCGCCGUGGAUGAAGACGCCUUCCCCAACGGCGCUCCUUUCCACUUUGAGAUCAUGCCAGAGGGCACCAAGGGAAAAUGGCAGUUGGAGCAUCUCAACGAUACUGCAGCCAUCCUGAGGGCGCAACACUCCUUAUAUGCCGGUCAACAUGAGGUGGAAUUAUUGGUGAAGGAUGAACAGGGGGUGGCGUGCCCAGAACCGCAGAAGCUGACGGUCCAGGUCUGCACCUGUGAAGAUGGAGUCAUUUGCGGAACCCGAGGCGGAAGAGGUCAACCCGAGAAGAAAUCCGAGUUAGGACCGGCAGGAAUCGGACUGCUACUACUGGGCCUGCUAUUGUUACUGCUCAUCCCUCUCCUGCUCCUCUUCUGCCAAUGCGGUGGAGCUGCAGGUCUCCCGGGAAACUUCACUGAAAUUCCUUUCGACACCAAAUCGCACCUCAUUAAUUACCGCACCGAGGGUCAAGGAGAGAACGCGGAGGUACCGCUCAUGAACAUUCCGACGCAAGUGGAUGUCGUGGACGUCCUGAAAAAGGACGCUGGCUUUUACGCGGACGGGAUGGGUUUUCAGCAGGAGUUCUCAGGCAUCCGGAGAGAUACUACAAUAGGAAUGAGGAACCAGGGAAGGUUCUACUCGGAGUUCCAGAGAGAGUCGGGGGCGGCUUACGACGAUCUCGGUCUACCGUAUCACAUCCUUUCGCAGUACUACGCUCAGAAGAUGAGCGGUGGAGAGGACCUGGCAGUGAAGGACGCGCUGUUGUCGUACGACAAUGAAGGUGAAGGCUCUGUAGCCGGUUCGGUCGGCUGCUGCAGCCUCCUGGAGCAAGACAACGAUCUCCAGUUCCUGGACGACCUGGGCCCCAAGUUCAAAACCCUGGCUGAGGUAUGCGGCGGCAAAAAGAUCCAACCGGAAAUUGCGCCGGCGCCCGCCAAAGUCGUGAUUGAACCACCUAAACCGGCGCCGGUCAUCCCGAAAGUGGAUAAUCGGACGGUGACUCAAGUGGUGCAGGAAAACAUGACCAUGCGCAACCAAGGGAGGGCCACUGUCAUAGAAGGGGCUGAAAACCAAGGCCAGAUGUUCCUUCUUCAGCAGCAACAGCCAGUCUACUACACCGCCGCGGCUCCCGUGAUCCAACCCAUGCAGUACGUGGUCCAGCCACAAGUCCAGAACACAUUGCUGCUAGCAGAAGCGCCGGCCACCAACCUCCAGGGCAUGGUGCUGGCGGCUCCGCAAGGCAUGCUGGUCCAAGGACAAACCGUGGUGUCGGGCGCACAAGCUCAAGCCCCGGGCAUGGUUCUGGUCUCAGGUACCCCGGGGUCACCUACGCAAGGCAUGCUAGUCCAAGGCCAGACACUGGUUUCAGGUGGACAAGCCCAGAACCCUGGCUUGGUCCUGGUUACUGGUAACGUGGGGUCCCCGACUCAAAGCGUGGUUGUCCAAGAAAAGAAGGUGGUGUCCGGGAAGAAACCGCAGGGCGUGAUAGUGGGAGGAACUUUGCCCAAUGUGACACUUCAGGGAAAAUCCGUGGUCACCGGCGGAAACGUCCUAGCCCCACUGAGCUCUACUGACAACCUGCUCAAUGCCGGGACCCUUUCCAGCUCCCAAACCAUCAUAGAAGGCAAGAUCCCGGCAGGGAAAGUGGUGAAGACCAGCAAGACCUCCAUCAAACAAGGUGGCGGUCAACUCCCGGGCUUCAGCAACAUCUCUGGAGGUCAGAGCACCACCCUGAUCUCCUCUGGCAUGGGUUUGCCUCAGAUGGGCAACAUCUCCGGAGGUCAGAGCACCACCAUGAUCUCCUCCGGCAUGGGUUUGCCACUGAUGAGCAACAUCUCCGGAGGUCAGAGCACCACCAUGAUUGGUUUGCCGCAGAUGAGCAACAUCUCCGGAAGUCAGAGCACCACCGUGACGUCAUCCGGAGUUAGCAGAGUCCCCACAUACCGCAAGGUGGUGGUGCAGGAAGAGAAGCUCACUGAACUGUAACACAAGGCUGGACUCUUUAAAGCAACUUGCUCAAGUAUCGUGUUACUGCGCCGGUUUUUAUUGGUGGUGGAUGUUCUGCAGUAGCCAUACCCUCCCUGGAGCGAAGUUACGUGUGGCUGCAUGUUCAUGCUAUAAGGAUUCGACCUGUCCUAAAAUGUUUUGCUCUUUCAUGAGCAAACUUAGGUUAAUGUGGGGACUUUACCAGACCGUUCAUGGAGAUCAAACCUUGGUUGGUGUUCCAGUAUGUUCUUCAAGGGUUUCCCUCAGAGUGAGCUAAGUGCUCAGGUAUCUCCGACAGUUGGGCCUGCAUGUUUCUGUGAGGAAGCAACAAAUAGAACUUUUCGCUGCCUCUGAUGAGCAACUUAAUUAACUGGUUCAUCCAGAGGUGUCAAACUCACGGCCCGCGGGUACAGAUUUGGCCCGUCACGUCAUUUUGUGCGGUCACUGAAAGCAAUUUCUUGUUAAAAUCAAACUUUGAUGACAUUUCUGUUGUCCUCAAAUAUAGAUUGAGAACUGCAGUAAUCAGAUAUUUUUUUCUUAUUGAAUUUUUUUAAGGCAUUGAAAAAAGAUGUUGACAAUAAAAACAUUUUAAUUUUUUAAAACGGGAAGAAGUCUUGAUCCCAAAAUGCCCCCAAAUUAAUAGGAAAUUAACCAAUAUGGUCAGGAAGUGACCCUGAAAUUCUUCUAAAUCAACAGUUAGUGACCCCAAAAUGCCCUCAUAUCAAUAGAAAGAGACGUGAUAGCAACAGGAAGUGAUCCAAAAUGCCCCAAAACCAACAGGAAGUGACACAAGAUCAACAGGAAGUGGCCCGCAAUGCCCCAAAUCAACAAGAAGUGACCCCAAAAUCAACAGGAAGUGACCUAAUAUGAACAGCAAGUGAUGCCGAAAUGCUUCCAAAUCAACAGGAAGUGACACAAUAUCAACAGGAAGGGACCCGCAAUACCCCAAAUCAACAGGAAAAGACCCAUAAUGCCCCUAAUCAACAGGAAGUGACCCCAAAAUCAAUAGGAAGUGACCCCCAAAUUCCCCCAAAUCAAAAGUUAGUGUGACCCAAUAUCAACAGGAAGUGACCCAAAGUGCCCCAUAUCAACAGGAAGUGACGCAAUAUCAACAGGAAUCACCCCGUAACGCCCCAGAACUAACAGGAAGUGACGCAAUAUCAACAGGAAGUGACAAAAUAUCGACAGGAAGUGACCCAAAAUGCCACAAAUCAACAGUACGUGACCCAAUAUGCCCCAUAUCAACAGGAAGCGACACAAUAUCAACAGAAUGUCACCCCGUAAUGCCCCAGAACAAACAGGAAGUGAGCUGCAACACCCCAAAACUGCAGGAAGUAACCCCAAAAUGACCAAAAACAACAGGAAGUGACCCUGAAAUCAACAAAAGGUGACCCAUUAUGAACAACAAGUGACCCUUAAAUGCUCCAAAAUCCACAGAAAGUGACGCAAUAUCAACAGGAAGUGACUCGAAAUGCUCCAAAAUCAACAGGAAGUGAUGCAAUGUCAACAGGAAGUCACCAUAAAUUGCACAAGUAAACAGAAAGUGACCCAAAAUGCCCCAAAUCAACAGGAAGGUACCCAAUAUGAACGAGAAGUGACACGCAAAACAAACAGGAAGUGGCCCCGAAAUGCCACAUAACCAACAGGAAGUGAUGCAAUAUCAACAAGAAGUGGGCUGCAACACCCCAAAACAACAGGAAGUGACCCAAAAUGCCCCAAAUCAACAGGGAGUGACGCUGAAAUCAACAAAAGUGACCCAAUAUGAACAACAAGUGACCCCUAAAUGGUUCAAAAUCAACAGAAAGUGAUGCAAUAUCAACAGGAAGUCACCUUAAAUUGCACAAGUAAACAGGAAGUGACCCAAAAUGCCCCAAAUCAACAAGAAGUGACCCUGAAAUCAACAAAAAGUGACCCAAUAUGAACAACAUGUGACCCCUAAAUGCUUCAAAAUCAACAAAAAGUGAUGCAAUAUCAACAGGAAGUGACCCGAAAUGCUCACAAAUCAACAGGAAGUGACGUAAUAUCAACAGGAAGUGAGCGGCAACACCCCGAAACGACAGGAAGUAACCCCAAAAUGCCCAAAAUCAACAGGAAGUGACCCUGAAAUCAACAAAAAGUGACCCAAUAUGAACAACAAGUGACCCCUAAAUGCACCAAAACCCGCAGAAAGUGACGCAAUAUCAACAGGAAGUGACUCGAAAUGCUCCAAAAUCAACAGGAAGUGACGCAACAUCAACAGGAAGUCACCUUAUAUUGCACAAGUAAACAGGAAGUGACCCAAAAUUCCCCAUAUCAACAGGAAGGUGCCCACUAUGAAUAAGAAGUGACACCCAAAAUGCCCCAAAACCAACAGGAAGUGACCCCGAAAUGCCCCAAAUCAACAGGAAGUGAUGCAAUAUCAACAGGAAGUAACUGCAGAAUGCCUCAAAAUCAACAGGCUAUUAAUUCUCAAACAAGGCAUCAUCCUGCUUGUUGCAUUUGCAUGGAAUAAUAUGAGGCGAUUAUCGAUUCAUAAGGGGAAACCAUAACUAUGAAAAACUGAGUUUGGCACCUUUGCUCUCUUAUUUUGUUAAAUUUUGCUUUUUGCCAGCUUUUUGUAAACUCUCUCAGACAAACUUCCAUUUUGUGCGUGGUGUUUUUUUUUUUUCGGACUCAGGAUUUGGUUUUUCUGUCAUUCAAAAAUGCUGCCUCUUGAGCAAACCUGGUUAUGGAUGUAAAUGUUAAUGUUUGGAUGUGUAUUGCACAAGGUUUUUUUUUUUUUAAGUAGCAGUGCUUUUUGAUGCUAAAUAAAAAGGACGAGAUUCUAACGUGUCGCUGGUUCUUGACGCUCGUUAAAUGAGAGAACUCGUUGGACCCGUUCACGAAAAGCCUAAUUGCAGCACGCCGAGUUUUUCGCAUUGCACUCCGGUUUCUCGGCGAUAACCGCAGGGCAGGGCGUAGAUGCGACAGUGACCCCGGUGCAAGCUUGCAAGUUCCUGCCAAGACAUGUUAAGUAUCUCAAAUUCAAUUGAAAUGAUUGAUCAAAUAUACAGAAUUGACAACUCUUGAAGGUUAAU